UCUCAACGUUGCCUGUGUAAGUUGUGUUGAGCAAGAGAUCUGAAGCUGUCGGUGCAUGUAAACAAGGUGCAUGCGGUUAAUGAAAGUUUCCUUUUGUAAACGACGUUUUUCUGAACGUCGCCGUCGUGACUACUUGUAUUUGUUUAAUAUUUUUUUUGAGGAACCAAAGUUGAAUUUUUGACUUAAAUGAAAGGAGUUAGUGCAAUCAGUGCAGUCAAAGCUUUCGAAGCAUUUCUGCUUACGAAGUGAUUUCUUCUGCAGACCGAUUAACCCGAUGUUAUAUCGCUAGUUAAGUGAAAUGAUUUGCCGAAUUGGUCUAAGGAUGGUUCUUCUCGUUGCAUCUUUAUUUAUCGUCCACCUGCUGUCUCCAACAACCGCUGAACAGUGUGGAACGGAAUAUUCCAUUUUCGGCAUGAUGUUGAUGAGACACAAUUUUAAGACGAUGAAAACGUCUAGCGCAAUGGAGUGUUUACAUGCUUGUAGGGACGACGUGAGGUGUCAGAGCCUGAACUACGUCAUGGGGGAAGAUAGCUGUGAGUUGAAUGACCGCACCAAUAAGGCCAGACCUGAGCAUUUUGUGCCAGAUCUAUUCCGAUAUUAUCUUACACGAGACAAGAAUAGGGUCCCUCUCGGUUCCAUACCGGAGGUACCUGCGGAGACAUGUAGAGAAAUCAAGUUGAGUGAAGGUCACACAAUCAGUGGCAGCUAUUGGUUGAAUUCGAUUGUUAAUGGCAAAUCCCUACUUGCUCAGUGUGAUAUGGAGACAGAAGACGUUGACGAGUGUAGUGCUGACGUCCAUAUUUGUGGCUCUAAUGCAAACUGCACAAAUACCAACGGCUCUUAUUACUGUUCCUGUCAUUCUGGUUUCACUAGAAGUGGCAAAGAAUGUGUAGAUAUAGAUGAAUGUACAGCUGGUGUUCACACUUGCCUUCGUGGAACAGCCACGUGCAUUAACACUAUUGGUUCGUACAACUGUUCUUGUAACCUUGGUUAUGUUGGGGAUGGAAGAACAAGUUGUUAUGUGCAGUCAGCCG